AAAAGCAUAGUAUUGACUCCUUCAAGACCCCAAACAUACCCUCCCCCUCUGAUCCCUUAGCUUCUCUCCCGUCUCCACACACCCUCGCAACCCCAUCAUCAUACGGACAAACUUUUCUUCAACCCUAAGUUUGUUCCUUCAAUUCUUUCGUUUUCAUUCUUAUAUACAAUACAUACUAUUCUGUUUUAAUUUCCUCACUGAAAUCUGGGAAAAAGGAAUAAGAAACAUGACAUCUGUUUGCAUAUCAAAUUGUGUGAAAGAUGCCCGAGUCCCCGUCAGAGCCACCUACGUAAACCUCUACAAGUGGCCGGAAUCCGACGCCGAGUUCAUCCGCUCAAUGAGCUCUAACAUGCGCGCCGCCGGCGACGGCGGCGUCCCCCACCCUAGGGUGGUGGAUAGCAUUUCAUGCAGGCAACUAUACCUCAGAAGCUACACUUUCUCCCGGGAAGAGAAUAAGAAGGAGGAGACGGUGAAGUGCUACGGGAGAGGCAGAGAGGGGGUUGGGGAGAAGCGGACAAGGAGGAGGAGGAAGUCUCGCGGCCGUGAAAGUGGCAGCGACGACGGCGGGCGUCGCCGGAGAAAGAAAUGCGUGGGGUUGGGAAAGGUAAAGGAAGUGUCGUCGGCCGUUGUGGUUUCCAUCUUCCGGAGGUUGCUAUCUUGCACUACCAAAGUUGAUGUGGUUGGUUGACCACUUCUAAUUUUCUUGUAAUAUUAAUUACGGAGUAAUUAAUUAAGGUUGCCCA